UAUUAGUAGAAGAUAAUUUGCAGAGUAUAUUAGUAGUAAUUACUUUUGCAUAUUUAGAUAUUGACAUUUAAUUACCAGUAUGACACAAACACACACGGCACAUACAAAAGUAAUUAAUAGUAUCAUAACGGUAUUAGGUAAAUAAAUAUAUAAUUAAUAAUAUAUGCAGUUUGUGAGCGUUAUUAACAGGCUUUUAUUCUGAAAAGAAUGACUUUUAUUUUGAAAUGGAUUUCCUGUACGUGUAUGGAAGCGUUGACGUGUUCACGUCGAUUAGUUCAGGAAGUUCUCUGGAAAUUGACAGAUAAUCGGUUUAUACGGUUUAGUAAUAUGUCAUUUAGUAAUAAUGUAAUAUUUCUCAACAUUGUGCGAACUGCGAAGCUUUUUAAGCCCGGAGAUGUCGUGCACGCUGGAGAAGGUGCUGGGCGACGCGCGGACGCUGCUGGAGCGGCUGAAGGAGCACGACACGGCCGCAGAGACUCUCAUCGAGCAGUCGAGCUCUCUCAGCCACAAGAUCCACAGCAUGCAGGAGGUCGCCAACACUCUCCCUGACAAGUAUAUGGAGGAAAACACAGAGUAUCAGGAGCUGUCCAGAUACAAACCUCACGUCCUGCUGAGCCAAGAGAACACUCAAAUUAAAGAACUCCAGCAAGAGAACAGAGAACUUUGGCUCUCUCUAGAGGAGCAUCAGUAUGCUUUAGAGUUGAUCAUGGGCAGAUACCGGAAGCAGAUGCUUCAGCUGAUGAUGGAAAAGAAUGAGCUGGAUACUAAACCGGUGUUCAGCCUUCACCAGGAUCAUGCUAAGGAGGUUCAAAGCCAGUUGGAACGGAUCUGUGAAAUGGGCCAAGUUAUGCGUCGAGCUGUACAGAUGGAUGACCAACAUUACUGCUCUGUCAAAGAGAGACUGGCACAGCUAGAGAUUGAAAACAAGGAGCUCAGGGAUCUUCUGUCCAUCAGUAGCGGCUUUGUAAGACCACAGAGAGACAAGACCACCCCAUUAGAGAUAGCGCCCAAGACCUUGAAGAAAUAGAGACCUGUGUUCCUUUUUUUAGAAAGCUAAUGUUGAGUGCAGUUUGUAUAUUUGUAUGUCAGGUGACCUGGUGUCAUCAUCUGUAUUUGGGUUCCCUAGUGCUUUUUUUUUUUUUUUUUUAACCUGUCUUGGUAGUUGUUUAGCGUCCUGCUGCUCAAAAAUGCACUUUGGAAUGUUUGUUAUUGAUAUUAAAAGUUUUUGCUCAGGAAAGACGUAUCACCUCCUCUUAAAUUUUUAACAAUAGACAUUCAGUGCAUUAUAAAUAAAUUCUGCCUCCAUUUCUAGUCACAUUUACAUUUGUAGCCUUGCCUUGAGCAGGUUUGUAGUUCUUGUUAGGUAGUACAAUUAAAUUGACAGCUGUCUAAUGUGUUUCAAGUACAUUCUGUACAUGUAAAAACAUAUUAUUACCAGAUCUAACUAACCUCAGAACAAGACAGUAUAGUAGUAUUGGUUUACCAGUAAUGCAUCUUUCAAAUAUUUGAUGUGAAAAUCUUGUUCAUCAUGUAACAUGGAUGUAUGAGAGUUCUCUUAAGAUUGCAUCUCAAUGUUUGCCAGUCUUUUUUUAUUGUAAACUGUUGAAUUUGUAUCUCAGGAAAGCAAUCACAUGUACCGCAGUUGUUAUUUUGUAUCAGAAAAUAUGUACUGUAAAAUAAAAUAGAAAUAUUCAA